GUUUAUAAUUAAGUUUUACCUAAUAAAAAUCAAAUAAUGUCUGUACAAGUAGUUUCUUUGCCUCAGAAGAGGUAUUACAGGCAAAGGGCUCAUUCUAAUCCAAUAGCAGAUCAUUGCUUUGACUAUCCACAAACACCAGACGAGAUGGACUGGUCUAAAUUCUAUCCAGAAAAAUUCAAACAAAAUCCUGACAGUCCACCACUUGUUGAAUUUGCUGAUAUCGGUUGUGGUUAUGGUGGUUUACUCAUUACUUUAUCACCCAUGUUUCCUGAUAAAUUGAUGCUAGGAAUGGAAAUUAGGGUGAAAGUUUCUGACUAUGUAAUGGAUAGAAUAACUGCCUUAAGGUCUCAACACCCCGACAGAUAUCAAAAUAUAGCCUGUCUGCGAUCCAACGCCAUGAAAUACCUACCAAACUUUUUUAAAAAAGGACAACUAAAGAAAAUGUUUUUCCUAUACCCCGAUCCUCACUUUAAGAGGGCAAAGCACAAGUGGAGGAUAAUAAAUCACAGUCUUUUAGCCGAAUAUGCUUAUGUACUUGCAGAAGGAGGAAUUGUAUAUACUGUAACUGACGUUAAAGAUUUACACGAAUGGAUGGUUAAACAUUUCACAGAACAUCCAUUGUUCCAACGAAUUUUAGAAGACGAAUUGGAAAAUGAUCCGGUCAUUGAAAAGCUAUACAGUAGUAGUGAAGAGGGACAAAAAGUUACCAGAAACAAUGGAGACAAAUUUUUGGCAGUGUUUCGAAGAAUAAAAGAUCCUUUUUGUAAUGAUUAA